AUGGCUCGCCCAUUUCAGAACCCGUACGAGCCGGUGGAUUCUCCCGGCGCCGAUAACCCUUUGUCGCCCCAGCCACGUGGCGGCACCCCCAUAUCGUUUAAAACGAACGUGAAUCGCGCGAAGACAAAGCGCUGGGUUGAAGCGAAGAAGAUUUCUUACGAUGGCAAUGACUGGGGUGACGAUGAGUACGAUGAAUACGACGAGGAUCCAGUUCCUCCUCCACCGCAACAACAACCUUUGAAUCAAAGCACCGGGGACCUCCCAGGUUUAGCGUCCAGAAACAUACCUAAGCCCUGGGCUCUUGGAAUGGAUCGCUCUCGGUCAAUGGACCAGGUAAUGACGCUAGGGACCGGCCCUGUGGCGGAUAGCCGUAGUCACUCAGCCGACCGCAACGCAGAAGAACAGAAUCACAACCUCCCAUUACGCUCAGCCGACAUCUAUAGCCGGUUACGCGAGCAGACAGUGGGGCCAGGAAGCCCUCCAAGCUUGAGUCGGGCCUCCACAGAUCCAGUACCUACAACUAGCCCGGCAGGACAGGAAGCAAAAGGAAAGCAAUCCGAGAACCAGAGUGUUCCUUCAAGACCUCAGAAUGAUGUUCCUAUCAUUGGGCUCCCAGAUAUCAGGCGUCUGUCAGGAUUCGGCGCAGAUCUCACGGCUGCACCUUCGUCUGACGCUCAGAAAGACCAACCCGCCGAACCACAGCAGCAAGAACCUCAAUUACACCAUAACCCCUCCGUCGGAUUUCGGUCUGUGGUUAAUCAAGCUUUUGACGUUCCGGAGACACCGAGCACUAUCAUCGAUAGCAUUACACGGUCGGAUAGCAAUAGCACGUCGAUAAUAAGCCCGAUUAUCCCUCCUCGUGGCACAAACGAGAAGACACCAACGAUUGAGGAAGAGCCGGAGAGUACAUCUCCACCGAGAGGCUUUAAACCUGGUCAUCGCCGUGAUUUGAGUGUUCCUAGUCCAGAUAACAGUCCUUUGAGACGGCCAAUAAUCACCAAUAACGAUACCAUCGCUCCCGAAUCAUUAGCAGAGAUGUCGUCGGACCUUCCAUCUGACUCGCCUCAGGACCAGUCCACGCCAACAUAUCAACAAGCUACCGUGCAACCGACUACCACAGCCGCAGAAGAUCGACCUGCACCGCUCAAAAUCAGUGGUAACAUGUCUCCGCCUGAAAACUCUAUUCCCACCAUUGUUCCCUCCCUGAGUACGGAAAAUUCACCGCAAGACACCGAGAGUGACAGAUUGAGGAAGGAGAUCAUUCGUUCUUUGAGCCGAGAAAACACCCCUUCUGAGGAACCGGACCCACAAGACAGGUCCAGGCCUCAAACGAGUCGGCAGGAUAGUCUCAUUCCGAGCGAAUAUGAACGAUACUGGAACGAAACAGCUAGUGCCAGCCCUCAGGGGGAGUUCAAACCCGUCCUUGGAUACAACCCCGCGCAGAAUGAGUCCCAGGAUUUAUACUCCAGUAGUCCACUGCAGACGUCUACUACUGCACCAAAUGCAGCUCCGCAACAAGACAUAACCCCUAAGUUGAAGAGGCGAUUCUCCUGGGAGUCUGCCUCCUCCGAGGAACAGCUUGUGCCCGCGACAAAUGUCCAAUCCCCUCCAGUAGGGCCGAUCCCCGGACAAUUUCCUGUGGUUGACGAGAAAAGUCUUCAGCCCGAACCCGAGCCCGAACUUGAGCCCAACACUGUGGCUCCACCAGUUGAGACACAUGAUGAGGCUGAACGCGAUAAUGUGCCUGAGAAGCCCAAGCUGACCAUUAUACCCCCGUCUGCCACAGACAACAGUAGCAUCGUUUCGGGUCGAUAUCUUCCAGAAGUUGCCAAUGCCCAAACCGUUGGAGAUGCCUAUUCCCCAGCAGGUGCAAACCAGGACGCCGUAACACCUGCGCCUGCACUUGCACCAACGCAGUCACCAUCUAUUGAAGCAAGCUUGCUUGGCUUCCGUGAUAUCCUCGAGUUGAAGACCUCCGACGAACGGGUGAAAGCGUUCAACAAAACCCGAGACCAGUUUGUGACGAUCGACACCGGUCUCAAUAAUUGGCUCCGGGUUACGAUUCAUGCCCACCCUGAGUACGCAGAUGUUGUGCAGCAAAGUUUGAAACAGACAACAGAUGAGUCCAAGUACCCUGUGCCCCGGGCCAAAUUCCCUAAACUGUCGUCUCUGGGGAACCUCGUGUCGUCUCACCAGGAAGGGUCGUCCGGGUCAGGCCAUGUUAGACGUCCUUCGACUCAUCUUGGUUCCAUGAUGAAUAAACAGCAUGUGGAACAACGAGGGAAGGAUUUCCUCCACACCGCUGGUGUGUUCGGCGGCAAAGCGGGCGAAGCCGCCAAGGGCCUGUUUGCCAAGGGCAGGAGUAAAUUUAAAGGUGGAGGGUCAGACAAGGUAGAGCCUUAA